AUGCCCACCAGUUCCUUCGUUCUCGACUCGCCCAUCCCUCCCCAACUUGAUCUUGCUGGUGCUCCCUCGCAGCCCUUCCUGCCGCCGAAUCCCUCCGCCUCAUCGGCCCUUUUUCGCUCCAUCUCCAUCCCCAGCCGCAAGAGAGCGCGGGGAGUGGAGUCCGGGCAUCGUUCAUGGCUUGAUUCUCCGUCCAGUCCCACCUCCUUCGCUGUCCCCGAUGAUCGUCUCGCUGGCGUAGACGACGUCUCCGCCGAGCAUGACUACCGACCCAGUCGCUAUCGAGACCCACCGCUGAGGCUCCCCCUGGAUUCCAGCGUUGAGUCACUCAGCGAUGCGUCGGGGGCUCGUCGCAAACGCAGCCGUCGAGAUCCGUCAUCGGUGGUAGCACCAUCCCCGUCAGGACCGGAGGACGAGAAAAUCACUCAGAACAACAGCUGCGAUCCGCAAACUGCCCCCGUGCGCUGGAGCCGCGCGGUUUUGGACGUGGUAGGCAAGGUCUGGGACUUUUGCUGGUCGGGAGCCUUCCGCGGAUUCUAUGCCGGUGGUGGUCGCGGGUAUGCGAUGACGGCUGCUGAUCCGUCGGUAUCGCUAGGCCCUGACGAUCACUCAUGGCAGCCGACGACAGAAAAACACGAUCUGUCCUCCGCUUCUGCCGGUGCUCAUGGUUGGAGUGAGUCGACUCCCCUUUCGGGCGAUCACCAUGAUGACGACCUGCAUCACAACUGGGUUGUAGUGGGUCGCGAUGAGUUUGGCUAUGAGGCGAGUCCAUCGGCCCGAAGACGAGUUCAUCGUCGGACGCCCUCAGGACCGAAUCACGGCCUUUCUCGUUACUGA